CCAAACAUCUGCUCGUACUUAAACCCUCCACGAGCGUACUCCGCCACACCACGCGCAAAAUCCAUUAAACUAAUAAACCGAGUUUUUAGCAAAACAACACCUGCAAAACAAAUAGUAAUGUCUCGGCUAAUGAGGAUACUAACAACAACAGCAUGAGUGACAUCGUGUAUCGCAAUUUCUUCAUUCGUUGACAUCAUUCUUUUGUCUCAACUAACUCCACCAUACAAAUCUGCAAACCCCAAAAAUUAGUUAGUUUAGAGAAGUGGUUGAAGGAGGAGGAUAAGUGAAGAAUUUGGUAUUUCUAUUUCAAUUCAAAGAUGUUAUUUUGAAUUGAAAUAAAGAUACCUUUGGUGAUACAGAUUAGGGAUUGCUGCUGGCCUGCUGUGUAGCAGCGUCAAUGGUUUGAAGAAUUGAAGUGAGGGCGAAGAGUUUGCGGAGAAAGUGAGAGUGAAAGGGGGAAGCGCGCAGAAAUCGUAACGUUGGGUAAAUGUGUCAAAACUUUUACAAUACAAUUAUGCUUUCAAAUAGUUAGCAGUGAAAUGAGUUAUUAAUUUGAGUCAAUUUUUUGCAUUUUGAUAGUGAAACAAACGUGCAAGGGAAGAAGGUAGCAAUGGUUUUGGUGAAGAAAAUCAAAUUUGACAAAUUUAUUUACCAUCAUCUUUAUCCUGUACAUCGACACUUUCAUGAAAGUGGAGUUGAUGGCGAGGAAGUAGGGAUGAUUCCCUUUGGAAGGGAAAAUGGUGAUCCAUUUUAUAUAGAUUUACCGGAGCCUCGUCGAUGUAAAUCGGAGCGGAAGCCAUAUCCAACUCCCAUGAAAAUCCUAAUAAAGAGAGCUAAGGACGAAAGAGAAUCAAUGAGGUUAAAUCCAUGUCGAGUUCUUGAACAUGCCCCUGCCAAUGGCCUUCUUGUUCCUGAGCUUGUGCAAGUAUCUAGAGCAGUUUAUUGGGCACGAGAAUCCCUUCUUCUUGGAAUUUCCAAGCUCCUUGCAAUUGUACCUGUCCUAAGAUGCAGGUUCUGUUCAGAAGUUCAUAUUGGCCAUGUGGGGCAUGAAAUACGUACCUGCACUGGACCAAGGAGUGGUUUUCGCAGUGCUUUGCAUGAUUGGAGAAAAGGCGGUUUAACUGAUGUAGUUCACUUUCCCAAAUGCUUCCACCUUUAUGAUCCUGUUGGGAAACCAAGAGUUGUACAUAAUGAGAGAUUCGAUUUCCCGCGUAUCCCUGCAAUAUUGGAGCUCUGUAUACAAGCCGGUGUUAAUCUGGAACAACAUCCUGUGAGAAGGCGAACAAAGCCAGUCUAUAGUGUUGAAGGAAGAAUUGUAGACUUUGAUCCCGUAAAUCACAAUGAUGAUCCUAAUCACGAUAAUGAUCCUAGAGAUGAUAAUCUUCAAACAGAUUGUGGUUUCAGGACAGAAGUGAAAGAUAGGAAGGGGGAUUUUGUUGAAGAUCUUAUUCAUCCAUUGGUGCGAUUGAAUCUUGAGAAAGGAGGAAACUUACAGGAGUUGAGCAUUGGAACAAUGGCAUCUUGGUUUGAGAUGAUAUCAGGUGCCAAAAAGAUCAUGGAGAAGUACUUUGUAUGGACAUGUGGUUACUGCCCUGAGGUUCAGGUGGGUCCCAAAGGACACAAGGUGAGGAUGUGCAAAGCAUCUAAGCACCAGUCUCGUGAUGGCUUGCAUGCAUGGCAAGAGGCAACGAUUGAUGAUCUUGUGGGCCCCAACUACGUGUGGCAUGUUCGACAUCCAUCUGGCCCACCCUUGUGCAACAAUUUAAAGAGGUACUAUGGCAAGGCUCCAGCUUUGGUAGAGUUGUGUGUGCAAGCAGGUGCGCCUGUUCCCGAACAAUAUAGUAGCAUGAUGAGAUUAGAUGUGGUUCCUCCUGAUAUAGAUGAGGUUGAUCUUGUUGCAUGAUGCUUAUAUGAAAUGAAGUUUUCAUUUGUUUGCAAUGGUGGCAUUAUAUUAUAGUCAGCUAGAUGAGAGAAAUUAAAGAGGGAUUUCGGUGAUACCAUAUCACCUUUAUGAAUAAGAUAUCUUCAAGUCUUAACUCAUUUUAGUAACAUCAUCUAAGAUCUUUGUUCAUACCAAAAUCUCGUCAGUUUUAAAUAAAAACCACGUUACCAUGCACGUCAUCUCGGAAGGCUCCUCUCUUGGGGUUCCACACUUUAUUAUGAAAUUGGUUUCAUCAGUGCACCACCUUUAGGUAGACUCGGCUUCUGUGGUGCCAGUAAUGAAGGCUUCCCUCUGAAAAGACAGCAAAUUGUGGACGACUCUCAUACAGCUUCUGGUUAUCAAAUGGGUCCAAUAGAGGAUGUCGUCGUUGUUUCGUGGAUUUCCUGCAUCACCUGCCUGAGAAAUAUCUUCUUUUAUCAGCUUUUCUCAACUUCAUGGCACUGAGAUGUCUAAAAUGCUGGGAGCAUCAUGAGCUUAACAUUGAUCUUAUAUUACGUGGUGAUUACAUUCAAACAACAAUGAUGAUACAGUAUCCCUGAAGAUAGAUCACAUUGAUUUCCUCUCUUUAUAGUGACUCCAGAUAUACUAUCAAAAUGCUUUUGGCUACAACCAACAAGCAGCACAAGAGAUAUGUUGUAUAUCUUCCAAAAAGACUUCAAGGUAUGGACCUCUUAAAAAUCACUAUUUCUGAAUUACUUGAAAUAAGAAUAAGUUGUAGCUUUCUAAUGGACUUGUUUAAAUUGCAUACCGGAUGCAUUAUGGGCUAUGUAUUCAUGAACAUGAUUGAUCUCUCCAGAUUUAUGCAUUUCAUCAAAGUCUGCUUUAUUGAGACUUGUACCUAAUUGCAUAAAGAUCAGUCCUAAAAAAGCUGAAUGGCAAAGUGCGUCUUAUGCAGACAUUUAAGAUAGAAUGUGCGUCUGUGAGAUAAGUUCAAUGAUGAAAAGGUUGCAUCUCUUGUUUAUUCCCAUGUUCAAGGGAAGGUGGCCCUUGUGGCACAUUUUCAGAAUUCGAGCUUGAUUAAUGAGGAUACACGGUGUACCCCAUUCGGUUUCACCCAAAUGGUCUAAAUGCUGGGGAUCAGGUUUGUCAUGCAUUCAUUUCUUUGGCCCCAAUAGAAUUUGAUACUUAUAUGUAUUUCCAUUGGGCUUUAAUGUUACCUUUUUAUGUACUACCCUUUCUCAAGUACAUGCACUUCUGAGUUGAGACAUCUGCCCAGACACAUGGAAGCAAUUUGGUUGAAAUCAUGAAAUACUCACAGCAUGAUGAUGAAAGAUUCUAUAAAAUGCCUUGUAGACAAGUAACAAGUUUUAUAUUGAAAGACUGGAUUCAUGGAUGGGUUGGUGAGUAACCCAUAAAUCAUGAAAUACGCCCUUUUGCAUAUAGUCCAUGAGGGUGAUAAUAGUAUAUAACUAACUUAAUGCUUACCUGAGUGAAAAGAUGAAGUGUUAUCUGAAGGCGAGUUAAGAUUUGUUUAUGCGACACAAUUAGCAUGGAAGCUCAAAUUGAUUCGUUUAUUUUUUGAGCUCUACUAGCCUACUAGGUAGACAAUCUUUUUUAAACGCAAGACAACUAUUUGGUUCUAUUAGGAAGGUCAUUUAUUCCUGUUAACAUUGACAACAAGUGGACUCUGCUCAUCCACGUAAACAUAUUUGAGAGAGGGGAGAAGGGCUCUCAAGUCUAACUUUCUCACCUUGUUGGUGAGUUCGUCUACCAAUUCCUCUUCUUUGAACACAAGAGGGCUCAUGCUCCUCAACAUCUAAUGCUUGGACCAGUUUCAUCACAUUUUUGUGUGUCAUCCUCAUGAAUUUCACUCAACAAGGCAAACUUCCGACUUCCUAUUUUUUUCUCCUUCAACUGCUAUUUUACUCAUCUUUUUCUCCCUUAUGGUCAUUCUAGUACUCUUUUAGGUUUUUGACCCACUUUUGGAUAAUUUAACGUGCAUCUUACCCCUUUUACUCUACUCGUUAUGUUCUUAUGUAGGUGGGUUGCCGUGGGAGACUUCAAGUUUCCAAGAAGCCGAGGAAAGAGCAAAAGUAAGAUUACAAGUUAGAAGAAAAGGUGCGACUGGACCACGUACAAUAUUUCUCGUGCAGAAGAUUGGAAUUAGAAUAUUUGGUGUUCCGAUACAAGCUUUCUUGUGCUCUAGUUUGCUAGGCAGAGAGUUUGGUGCGGUUGCUCGUAAUCUGUUUAGUGCAUCCGCACCAAGGCCACCAACUAGUGGUGGCCAUGGGCCGGGCUGGCCCGCGGGCUGCCCGAGCCCGACCCGUUCCUGGCCCGGCCCGCCGCUCAUAACAUGGGCUCUGGGCCGGCAACGUUUGGGGAAUUUGUAAAUCAGCCCGGGCCCGGCACGAGCCCGCUAUUUUGGCCCGCUGGGCCCGUGGGCUGGGCCCGCGAAAAAGCUGCUCACAGUCGCUUGAAUGUGUGCCGUUGAGUUGAAGUACUCUCAAUACCUCUCCUUUUGCUGCAAAUUGUGCAGGUAAAGUGAUGAUAAUUGAUGACAUUGUGUCAUUGUGUCAUUGUGACAAUGACAAUACAUAUUAAGUACAUUGUCACAAAUACACAAUGUAUUGCAACGUCCAUAAAUAAUCCAUAUGCACCAAGCAACAAGCAACGGCUAAUUUUACAACAGAUAUAUUUACAAUGGCUAAUUUUUUCCUUUCUCUAUAAAUACACCAAAAUUUCAGUAUUUUUUCCAAACAACUCAUCACUCUCAUCUCAUCAUUCAUUCUUCUGUAUUAUUUCAAUCUCCUCAAUUUAGAAUUAUCAAAGUUCUCAAUUCCUAAAUAACAAAAUCUGUCAAUUAUAGAUUAACACUUUGCGCUUAAAAUUAUUAAUAGUACUACUACAGAAUUACUUGUUGUUUGGGUGAAGAUUUUUUGGAGAUCAUUCAAGAAACAUUUGAAGUUGCGAUUCUCACAUUUCCUAAUACUAUUUCUACUAUAUUGGUUGUAAGAUCUAACUCAACUUUGUUUCAAUUAUUUUUAGUUUAUUAUUACUAAUCAUUUUCUAUUUACAAUUAUAUUAUUAGUAUGUUAUUAGCUAUUGAUUAUUAUUGUUAAUUGAUUCCUUUUAUAUUAAUUAGUGUUAUUUUUGUUAAUUUUAA